GUAUUCGAAUAGGCGACUUCGAUCUGCGCGAGGCCGCACUUCGCAGAAUUGCGCCGCUGUUCUUGGGAUACAACAAAUACAAGUAUCACGACUUGUGUAUCAAACACCUCGCCGACAUAUGUAGGAUGAGUCCUGCCGAGCGUUCGUUCAUGAGCGAAACGUUUAGCUUGUCGCUUUCUGGCACUCCUGGCAAGAACACUGGUCUCGACGAGAUCCAGGAGAUGACAAUGAAUAAGGAGUAUAAAGGUGCGGCGACAGGGACGGAGAUUGGGUACCUCCAGAAGCUCGGCCUCACCCUGCAACGUUUUGCUCGCGCCGUCCAGGAUUUCAAGCAGGCGUUCGGCAGUAGUGUCGUAUACAACCGAAAGAUAUACGCCAGUGCUCACAGGACUAGGUCCGUCGAGAAGAUGUGCGAGAUUCUUACCGACGAGGAAAGCCCUUUUAGGCUGCAGAGCGAGAGUGGUAGGACGGAGAUCAUCUCUGCUGAUGGCCGCACGGCGCUCAAGGUUUUGGAAGAAUCCAUGCUCGCGGCCCCCGAAACCUUGGCACAAAUGUGGGAGAAUGGAGUCAAGGGCGAGUAUGUGCAGCUGAACCCCGACAGGUCAGAUCGUGACGCCCCACGCAAGCAGGUUCGGUUGCCCACUUUCUCUUCGGCACCGGAAGGGAGAAAGUCCAACACGCGGGUUUCCAGCAAAGCAGCUAGGCACAUUGGCGAUCUCAAGCAGUACGUUGCGGCGCUUUCGAAGUCGCGCACAGGUGGCACGCCCAUUGUCGCUGGCCCGCCUCCACAGAUGGGCGACUCCAAGGGCGGGAUGCAGGGGUUUUCGAAGUCCAAAGCCAUUGACAUCGUCAACAAGUUCGCUGAAGACGCAAUCUCCAAACCACCGCCAGCGGACAUCCCCGUUCCACACACGUGCGCCGUCGACAUGGCCACCAUCGUCCACUCAGUCCCGCCCCUGGCGUAUGUCGCAAGCAGAUCGAGAAAUCGUCUACUUACCUGGGAAGCGUAUGCCAGCUACAUUGUGGACCGUCUUCUAUGGCGGCUAUGCUCCAGGGAGGGGAAAAAACUUCAAGGCCGCGUCGUGCGUAUCGUGCUUUGCUUUGACAAGAGGGCAAUGGUGCCCAACCCCAAGAGCUUUGCGCAUAAUGCGCGAGGGUUGUUUCCUGGGGCUAAGUCCAAGAAGAAAAAAUCUGGGCCCUUGUACACGCGAGCGCCGUACCGUUUCGGUUUGGGAGACAAGACGCCGCCGUCUUCAGAAUGGCAGGAGUUCCUGAAGAACCGGCAAAACCGCGAUGGUGUGUGUUCGGUGUUGUGUCAGUAUAUUCAUCGGCAACUUGGCCGCAUUCGUCAGAAAAAGGCAGCCGGCAUUCAGUUGGAGUGGGCAGAGCACUGCAUAAAUGAAAUGCGCCUACGGAUCGACGGAGAGCCCUUGCUGUCCCCGGACUUCUCCACGACAACCGGGUACAAAUCAUGGUACAACGACGUGGACGGUGCGGAAAUUCCGGAAGAAAAGGAUAACGGCUUAGGGGAGGGGGAACUCCAGGCACUUCACCACGUGUACCAAGUUUGCUUACAACAGCAGUCGAGGGAGGGUAGCCGCGAGGGGCAGGAGGCGGGCGUGCGAGAACCGGUCAGAGUGGAGGUAGUUUCCGUGGACACGGACGUUUGGGUUGCAGCUCUCCUCGCGUACGCUGCGCAUCCGUGGACUCGAAACGUGCGUGUAGUGGUGCGAAAGCAGAGCGGGUUAUACGACCAAGCCGCCGUUACCUGCGUCGACGUACUUGAGCUAUUCAACGCGCUGACGAGAUUAACGAGUUGGCCAAGUGCAUUCACCCCCUUGCAGAAGUGCUUGCCUGUCAUCGCCGCCUACAUGCUUUGCGGAACCGAUUUCACCCCGACAUUUUUUGGGUUCACUUCGUUUUUUAUGUUCCAGUCGUAUUUCGAGUAUGUCAAGAACCCCGAGAACCAUCGGUUUCUAAAGGCCCUGGGUGAGCAUGCAGUGAAGGAUGGAGCGGUUGCCGGGGUGGCUUUGGAAAGGGAAGAGCUGAUUAAGUUUGUCGCCCUCGCUUACUUUAAGAAGUACCAGGCAUCGUUUUUGUAUCCACCCGGGCACCAAGUAGAGCCUAUUGUUGAUCCAAAGAAACGCAACGGAGCGGUAGAUGAAACGAAGGCAUGGGUUGAUGCGAUCCACGUACGCACGUCCGAAGCGGCUUACGGCCAAGGGAAGGUCAGAGAGGCUGCCCCUAAUUACGAUGUUCUCGACCUCUGUGUGCUUCGGAUGGAAUGGCUGGUAGAAUAUUGGCUUUCUAUUGUGCCCGUUAGUGCUGCAGGCUCGGAACCCUCUGAAAACUAUCCCAUUGCAGUUCCCGAGUGGAACAACAAGGGGUACUUGAAGGACCCAGAAGUAGACGGAUGUUGUAAGAUGUUGUUGCGCAGAGAGCCGAAGGUAACCAUCUGGCCGGGCGGGGUCGAGACGGUGAAAUGUAGAUGUUCUGAUGUACCGGGAAGGGGCCAAUGCACGAGCUGCGUCUGCAAACAGAAAGGGUCAAUUUGCUCAGAGCUGUGCAAAUGUAAACGAGCUUGUUGCGUGGAAGAGACUAACCCUAGUGCCAUGCUAUUCGAUAUCGGUGGGGGUGAAUCGACAGAAGGGGAGAGCGACGACGACCAAUCCGAUGAUGAUGAUGUUUUGCCUGGUGUGGGCGGUGCGGGCGGGGGUAUAAGUAUUGGUGGGUUUCGCGAGGAUGAUAUUGCAGAGUACGAGCAGCGCGACCAGAUGGAUUGGACCAGUCGACGAGAGCAGUUGGUUGUAUCGCCGGGCGAACCGGUUGCUGCCUCGUGGGGGGCAGGGACAAAUGAAAGGUCUGUGUAGGUGUGGAGAAAAAAAAAAAAGGGAAAUGUACGUGUUUCGAGCCGGAACAUCACGUGGAGUCGAAGGUGCUGCAAAUGUUCUACAUCGACGUAUUUCAGGUCGAGGAACAGUAUACACCACUUGCUCACGUGGUGCACCCACCCGCCAACACGUCCAAAACGGGUACGCGAACAGCCCCCACGCUAACUUGCAUUGUGUCCUUCAGCACCGAAGAUUCCGUGUGGCUUUUGACUCCCAUCACGAAGGCAUUGAACCGCGGGGGCGGCUCUGCAUUAUUCUACGUUUUUUUUGGAGGGCGAGAAGCAGCAGUAGUCGGCAGCGCGGAACACGAUGGUAUAGACCAUUCUUCACUCAACCAGAAUCACCAAAAAAACAACUUUUCUCAACGCCAGGGCGCCCUGCGCCCUUCCUACACGCACCCCUAUUUAGGGCAGAACACGAGCCUCGACCCCCUACUGUCGCCGCAGCAGCCUCCAUCGGUGUACCACACACCCCAAAAUUCUCCGACUUUCACGUGGUGAACACGUGUGUACUUGGCCCUCCGUAAAAAAACGCACACAGCCGGGGGGUUAUCUAGAAGCCAACCACCACGGUCGGCACAGGGCUCUAGGAACGACAGCGGCAAUUUCAGCGCCGCGCCUUUCGUCGCUACCGCCAAAGCCGCCCUCACAAACCCCACUGCACCCUUGUAUGGAGGGCUCGUGACGACCCAGUCAGGUCGCUUUCCGGGGUUGGCUUUGACAAAAUCAUCCGGAAAAGAAAGCAAGCUUGCGUCCAGGUUGGUACCUGGCGAGAGCCUUCUCACGUCGUUCGUGAGAACUUCACACGUGCCGCCAAACCCCAUUGCCACCGCGUCGUCAGGUCCGCCGCACAUGUCCAAAACACAACCCGUUAUAGCAACAGCAUCCCGCAAGGCGUCCACCGCCUCAGGCGAAGUACAGUACCGAUCAAACCGCCGGCGUUUGUGGUGCGUGACAGGUUCAGGAGCGGCGCUCCAGGUCCGGCUGUGGCGCGGCGUCUGCUUUGCCUUCCGCGCUACGCGUUCCCUGCUCCGCGCCCACUCGUGCUUCUUGUACAGCUCCAGCAGACAACCCGAACGUUUACAUAGAGCGAACAAGUUUGGGCCCGCGGCUCCCGACUGAAAGCCGGGAAACCUGUCUGCUAACCCAGCCUCGUCUACAAAGCUCCGAAGCAAUUCUCCUGUCCUAGCCCUAGUCUGCCUGAAGUCUUCUCCGCAUUCCAGGCAUGCGCUACAUCGGCGGCUGCUGCUGCUCUGCAUGAUUUGUAGGCAGAGAGACCUGUCGAAAUUUGGAAGAUACACAAUCAAGGGCGCGGCCACGUGCGCCAUGGAUGUUUGGCAAGCUAUCCACUACAUGAUCAUCCCAUGAACCAUGGUCAGCAAGCUGCAAAGCUGUGAGGCACUCAACGUCUGCUGCGUAUCAGCGACCGUACCUGUCCUGUUUUCGAGGUUCCGCCGCGUUUUGUAGACAACCCUCGGCAAGGAUGAUUACGCAUCCUGUAGUGCUGAUCCGAAUUUUUACCAGGGUGUCUUCGAUACCUAACCCACCAAGAAGUACAGCCUCCGAGUAUCCCGCGAUUUGAUCAACUCUACGAGGUAGUAACUUGGAGCCGAAGGUGCCCUUCCCAACGCGGCGCAACUAAGUUGAACAAUGUCACUCAACACGUUUCCGCAGCUCUUUUCUCUCAUUCAAGGGAUGAAAUGGAACAAUGAACCACUCACGGGUGUAGGAUGCAAUGUUUCUGGGGUUCCUGCAAAGUUUCGUGUCGGUCUCUGCUCUGAGCGUGAAGAACGGUGUGGUUGAGUGAGCCCAGUUGUGCCGGCCGUCGCCGCGGGGCUCCGGCCGGUGGCGUCAACAACGAGGGUACCCUAUAUUGAUUUUUGGCCGGACUUUUCUGCGUUUUGGGCCCCCAGCAACGCCCGUGA